UUCACGUUACACAACCAGCCAGCUGAGCUCUCUGUGAUGUAGCUAAGCUAACUGAGCUAACCCUCAGAGAGGUGUGUCACCGCGGCUGUGGACUCGAUGGUCUCCUCUUCCAGGAUCUGAUUCAUUUGGCGUCAUUUCGUGAGCAGUAGAAUGGGAGACAUGGCUUCUAAAGCCCAGAUGCCGACUCCAGAGACAGCUUUGCCCGGCCGGACCGACGGCACCAUGAAAGUCUCCGCCAAACAUGACGUGAGCGGAAACAGUACUGUUCCUCCUUUUCCUGAAGGGACAGAAAUGGUCAUGUUCGGUAUGGGCUGUUUCUGGGGAGCGGAGAGGAAGUUUUGGAGACAGAAGGGGGUUUAUUCCACUCAAGUGGGAUACGCAGGCGGAUACACAGUAAACCCCACCUACAGGGAAGUCUGCACAGGUCAGACAGGUCACACUGAAGUGGUGAGGGUCGUCUUCCAUCCAGAGAAGAUCAGCUUUGCCAACCUGCUCAAAGUUUUCUGGGAAAGUCACAACCCGACUCAAGGGAUGCGACAGGGGAACGAUGUUGGGACGACGUACCGUUCUGCCAUCUACACCGACACGAAGCCGCAUUUUGAGGAAGCGUUAGCGUCCAAAGAGCAAUACCAGAAG